UCCUUUGUCAGGCUGGGAUCUGCGCUUUCCUGUUAUCUAAAAUAGAGAGGAAAACCCGGCAGCAUCCAGGAAAAAGCAAGAAGAGAGGAAGCCUGAGGAGGCCGUGGUCCACCAAAGCCUGGUAAUUGUGCGUGUUAUUUUGGCACUCUGGAGAAUCAAAAGAAAAUGCAAAACAGCGAAGUGAUAAAACCUGCCAAAUACUUCUCUGAAGUGGAGAAGAGCGUGUUGCUUGCAUUAGUUGAGAAAUACAAAUAUGUACUUGAGUGUAAAAAAAGUGAUGCAAGGACUAUUGCACUGAAACAACGGACCUGGCAGGCACUUGCUCAUGAAUAUAAUUCUCAACCGAGUGUAUCGCUACGAGAUUUCAAGCAGCUGAAAAAAUGCUGGGAGAACAUCAAAGCACGGACAAAGAAAAUAAUGGCACAUGAAAGGCGAGACAAGGUAAAAAGGAGCAUUAGUCCACUUCUAAGUAAUCACAUCCUAGGAAAAGAGAAGAUUGCCAGCAUGGUACCUGAGCAGGUGUACUUUUUACAGAGUCCACCAGAAGAAGAUUCUGAAUAUCAGCCAGAAGCCUCCAGCCAAGAACCUUUCACCGUUAUAAACAGAGAACUGUGCGAUGAAGACAAAGAUCUUGUACAUUUCCAGGUAUGCGAAGGAACCUCGCAGUCGGAGCCUUCCUGUUCAGCAGUCAGAAUAACAGGCAGUAAAAAUUUCAGAAGCAAAGCUGCCCAGGAAAGUGACCUGAAAAAGAUGCACGAGGAAGAGCACCAUCAGCAAAUGUCUAUCUUGCAGCUGCAACUGAUCCAGAUGAAUGAAGUGCACGUGGCCAAGAUCCAGCAGAUCGAGCGGGAGUGUGAGAUGGCGGAAGAGGAGCACAGAAUCAAGAUGGAGGUGCUCAACAAAAAAAAAAUGUACUGGGAGCGGAAACUUCAAACUGUUACAAAAGAAUGGCCCGUCUCAUCUUUCAACAGACCAUUCCCUAAUUCGCCCUAGAGAAUGCAGCAGCCGGCCAUAAAAUGGACUGGUGCCACUGGUUUAUUAGAAGAGAAUGAGGAGGGGUUCAGUUAUGCUAGUUUUGUAUUUUUAGUUGGAGUCAAUGCCUUCCCACUUGGCUGUGAACAGACAUUAAGGAAGAGCUAAGGAAAACGUGGUAUGUAGGGUUGUUGUUUUUUUAGGCCCAAUAACUCAAUUGUUAUCAUUUUUGGAGCAUCCCCUUAUACACACAGGAAGUCAGUAGGCGUAUUCUGUGGUGCACACUUUUUGUCUAGAAAGUUCUUAACAGCAGAUACGUAGCUGGGGCAUUUUAAUAUUUUAUUGCAAGUCUGAAAAAUUAAAUUUGUUCCCAAGAAGCCAGAAUUCUGACUUACCCUCCAUAAUUGUUUGUUGAGGUGGGGGGCUACUAGCAGAUGCCCAGUGACUCAGCUGCAUCACUGAGCCAGAGGACAUAAUAGGUUUUCCGUUUAUUAAUAGAAUGUGGGGAAAGGGCAGCAUCAUAGCAGCAACUGCUUCAGAGGAGGGCAUGGAAAGCUUUCAAACAAUUGAUUGGCUCUCUGGCCACCAGGGAAGUUCACCACCACCACAUUUCUCUCCUGCCUAACCAUUAAUGACGCUGUACUCAGUUUGCACUAUAGGGCAUGGCUCACCUGCCAGCUAUAUAAUUUAGGGCAAAAUUACAACUGUCUGGCCACUUUUCUGCGGUUGAAGAAGGCAUCAAGAAAAUUACCAUUGUGUGUAAUUUGUGGCUUGAUCCUGUGCACAUGU